CCUUUGUCGUGGGGUCGUUGUUGGCUCCAAGGCCACAGCAGUCAUGAUGAACUUACUUCAGGUUGUGCAUGACCACUGGGUACAUGUACUUGUCCCUAUGGGAUUUGUCUUUGGAUAUUAUCUAGACAGGAAGAAUGAUGAAAAGCUAACUGCCUUCCGGAACAAGAGUCUGUUAUAUAAAAGGGAAUUGAAACAAUGAAGAAGUCACCUGGAAGUAAUGGCUACAGCUGAAUUACAGAAUGUUCACAUUUUUUAAAUCAUAAGAGAAAUAAAAACACUCAUUAUUUAAAAA